CACUUCCUUUUAUUUUUAUUCAUCUUCAUUUCACAAUCAACACCACUUGCUCUCACCGACAUCCGGUAAAACGGUACACUUAAUCCUUUAAAACAGUUUUUUUUGUCUGCACAUAACCUUAUACAGUUAUACUUACUGUUUUAGUUUAAAAAAGACGAGUUGCAUAAAUGUUAUUUCGAAAUAACACUACAUUCACAAAGAGACAAAGACAUUGCUUUUCUGUUUUUUUUUCUCACUUUAAAGUUACUUGUCCAUAAAAUAUACAAAAUUAAUUUCUAAUUCUAACAUCAUUGAGUGCAGCUCAGAUCUAAUCAGAUCCCACCAACAAUGCUCAAAGCCAACAUUCUCACAGGCCUUUUCCUCCUCUUCACUCUCUCCUCCGCGCAGACCCCUCCGGCACCAGAACCAGUGGCCGCAGAUGGGCCUUCUUCUCCGACGAACUGUCUAGUGAGUAUGCUAAACGUAUCAGACUGUCUCUCGUACGUUCAGGUUGGGAGUACUGAGACUAAGCCAGAAGCUGCCUGUUGCCCUGAGCUUGCUGGGAUGGCUCAAAGCUCGCCGGAGUGCGUCUGUAAUCUUCUCGGCGGCGGCGCAUCGCCGCGUUUCGGAGUCAAGCUUGAUAAGCAGAGAGCUGAGGAACUCUCUUCACUUUGCGGUGUGAAAGCCCCAUCGCCUAGUCUGUGUUCAGUUCUGGGUUUUCCGACCAUAUCUCCAGCCGGAAGUGAAGAUUCAUCAUCUGCAGGUUCUGAAGGAUCCGAAAAAGAUAAGAAAAACGGAGGCAUGCCCACUAAAGAUUAUGGAUUAGCUUUCAACUCUCUUAUGUUGGCCUUGUUCACGAUUUUUUCUUUAUACUGAUUAUUACAAAGUCAUGCAGCAUAUAUUCAAAUCAUUAUCGUUUGUAUCUUCUCCCUUUGUGAUUCGUUGUAACUUGUAAGAAUCUUAUUAUGUGUGGUUCUUAUAGAACUUGAGUUAUUUUGCACCCGAAAAAACUUGAAUUCUAUUUUUUUUGGCUCAACUACAAUUUUUACUAACCAAAUAGGAUUACAUGAUUCUGAUUUCACGGAGAUUAAACUACACAUACAAUGAAGUUGUGAUCUAAUAUCACAUAUGAACACAUAGUUCAAUUCUGCGCCACCCAAAUCAAUACUCCAUUGUAUUUUCACCUGAUGAGAGCAAGCUAACUCUAUACAAAAUAAACCGCAUCUUAGACCACCUAAAUUGACCAAUUGAUACGACAAAUCUAAAACUCGACAAUAAACAAAGCUAACACCAGAUUACAAUUCGGCUCAUGACAUUGGACACAUAAAGAUUAGAGUGACAGACCGGCCCAACAUCUCAUCACCUUGCGGCACAAAUCCGGUGAUAACCCGUCGAGGUUCAGAAUACCUCCUUAGCCAAGAACCGGGAAGAACCGUGUGACAAACCGUGACCGGAUUAAAGUUAAGGUUUACAAUGGCGUGAGGUGUCACCGCCGGAAUGAGAUAGGAAUCGUUGCCGACGGUGGGAUGUGAACCUUCACCGCGUACCCACUGUAGAGCUCACCUUCUGGUAUACCCCUCCGGUGAAGCAAGACCCUACAAUGCGUCUUCCUCGAGAACCGGGGACCAGAACCAUCUUCACAAACCGUCGCACCACACCUAUGUUUCACCCACCGUCACACCAGGCCGUAGAUCUAAGAUGGAUGAGAUCUCCCACUGAGCCAUGUGCCAUCGCCGUGAGAGGAGCGCCGAAGUAAAAAAUGGAAAAUUGACUCGUCGGCUCCUCUCAGCUCUAAAAGCCAACCUGCUCUGCUUCCACCUUCCUUCGACUCACAGCUCCUCCAAGAAUGCCAUGAGAUGACUCUUAUGACCACACAAGUCUUCGGAGUCACCCCGACAAACAAGAGCAACACGUAUCUCGUCUUAGAGUUGGGUUGGAGUGGAGAAGGCAAAAGAAAAAAGAGG